AUGACGCUCUCUGACUUGCUAUCCCCAACUUCCUCUUCCCUUUUGACCGGGGACUACAUUGGAAUGGAGAGCUCGGUUGACGUGCUCAAGGACUGUGAUGAUCAUAAACCGCGACUGAAGGUGACCGGUAGCGGUGGUGAUGGGCAUGAUGGUAGUUUUGGUCAGAGGGUAAGGAGUAGGAGAGAGCAAAAAUGGGCAUUGAAGAACAAGGAGUUUCCACCUCCUAUACAAUUGCUAGCACGCACUGAGAACUUGCCUUCUCAUAUGCCUUGGGUGUUGAAGAGGCAUUACACAGAUGAUGGGAGGUUGAUUCUCACCGAGGAGAAGGUUAAGCAUCAUGAGUACUUUAGUGCUCAUAGGUCUAAUGGCAGGCUCACUUUGCAGCUUGUCCUGCUUGAUGAUGAGAUUUUGAUUCCCCCAUUUGCUUGCAAUGGGAACGAGAAUGAGAACGAGAACGAGAACGGGGACAUGAACAAGAAUGAGAUCGGGAAUGAUGUUGGUGAUGGUGGCCAUGACAACAACGAUGAUGAUGGUUGUGAAGAUGAUGACGAGGAUGAUGUUGUUGAAGAUCAAAAAAUUAGUGGGAUUGCGGGAUCAGGAGCUUCAGCGGGGUAG